UUGUGAGGGAGAGAGGCCGACUACUCAACAAGCAUGAGAAUAAAUUGCAAUUUAUUAGAGCUGUGUAUUUCCUCCGAUUGGUCUGAAUAACUUCGCUGCUGCCUGCUCCGUCUUGUCUGUCGGUACAGUGUUCUCUUUGCUCCACGAUGUUUUUUGUUUUUUUUGUUUUGUUUUUCUUCCUGAAAAUGUACGCGUGGCGUUGGACUCUCUGAUUCUUUAGUGGAGUAAUGUAGGAAUAUAGACGAAGUUAUAGGGUGCAAUUUCGGACAAUUCUCUACACACGUUGGGGUUUGGCCCUGUUUUUCGCUUGUAUUUACAUAGUGAAUUGUGAUUGGUCCUUUCUCUAAUUUCUAUUUCACAAUCUAGCCUUACAUUUAACCUAUAGAGAGUGCACCUCUUGACAGUUGCAUGAUCUUGGCAGCAUUGUGUAGGCUUUAGUUUACAGUACACAUAAUAUAAGAGUAGGCUACAGAGAACAUAUAGGCUACUACUGUUGUUCAAGUUCAUGUAUAUUGAAGCGUAAGCGUAAGUGUAAGCACGGCUAUUUCCUCCAGGAACUGCAAACAUAGAUUUUUAGCGCAGUUCGCACGGACGCGCCCACAAAGUGAAAGUGAAAGAUCUUGUAGGCAGAAAGUGACGUUUCCACUCAACGCAAAUGUCGCACCUCUCUGCCUGGCGGUGUGAUUUCAUACACAUUCGUAAGGAUUUACCCGUCGGCGUUUCAUCUGAAUUCUCCGGGACAAGUGGACAUGCAUGUGCUGGUUAUAUUGAUUUUCAUGACGGCCGCUGAUCAGCAUAAUUUUGCCAGAGCAAGCGGUUCCUGUGGACCCCCUAACAUACCCUACACAGUUCCUGUUACUGAGACAUAUCCCAUUAAUGAGACAAUUCGCAUUCAGUGUGUAGAGGGCUACGUGAGGAAAGCAGGAACAUCCAGCAUGAUCCGCUGCACAGAAAAUGAUGGCAACCCAUACUGGCAAUAUGUCCUUAAUUUCGAGUGCAUACCUGAUCCCAAAAAGCCACAAACAGAGCCCCUUACGACUCAUUUCACAUCCACCACCACAGAAAGAACAGAAAUAAAGAGUUCCACAGUUCUUGGCACAAGCAUGCCAACCACAGCAACAGGGCAUAUAACUUUGACAACAACAAAUGAAGUUGUCACAACCAAAACAAGAAGAACUACCAGCCAGCCAACUUUGAAGAGCACAACAAAAGAGGCAGAGUCUAUUACAACAACCAGCGAAAUUACUUCUUCAACAUCCAGCAGCUUCACAAGCAGAGAUUAUAUGACAGCCACAUCGUCACAUUCCUCGUCAAGCUCUUUCACUACAAUAACAGAAGUUAAUGGAUCUUCACAUGAUGGAGUCAAUGUAUGUGUAAAGACUUCAAAUGUUUCUGAAGAAAAUAAAGUGGAAGCCACCUCUAGUAAUUACACAUCUACAGUAAGUUCUGUUACAAGCAUAAUUAUCAUCUGCCUGGCGGCAACAGUAUUCUUUCUCUGGUGGAGGUGGAGACAUCGAGAAAGAAGUGAUAGAAACGGGAUCCAACUAUAUCAUAACGUCUGUACAUCUGAACACUGUUCAGCUGACCCAAACAAAGCAGCCAACAAUCCCACAUCAGUCUCUGUCAAUGACACAAAUCAACCACAAACAGGCUCCACAAAUGGUGUCGACACAAGUGACAAGCUCCUCCCACAAACAGACUCCUGUUAAAGACUUCGCCCUUAGCACUGCAUAAAAUACCAUCUCAGCUGUACAUAUCUGAUAAACCUCCAUCUAUUGUACUUUACCUCAUUCUAAUCCUUUAAUGUUAUCAUAAAAUGAAUAAAGUUUUUAUAGUUUUUACAUAA